AUGUCGAUUGAUCUGAAACAGAACCUCGAUGUUAUCGACUACUUCGGCGCUUUGGUGGUUUGGCUAAUUUUCUUCUCUAUUUUAUUCAUCCUUUCUGUCACUUGCAUCAAUUGGUGCUGCAUUCAAAAACACGACGACAUCACAGUGCUUGAAGAGGUACGAUUAAAAGUGCAAACUGCUUCUUUUUCUCCACAACACCGACAUACUCGCUGUGUUAUUGAGGGAUUUUGUUGUGAAUAA